AAGACCUGUGUCCUCAUCGGCAAUGGCAUAUUACAGCUGCCAAUAUGGGGCUUCGCCAUGAGCUACGGCGUGUUCCAGGAAUACUUCUCCUCCAACUGGACACUCGAGGGCAGCCAGGACCUCACAGGCAUCAUCGGCACCACCUUCAACGGCGUCAUCUACCUCUCCAUGCCCUUCCUCUUCGCCGCCUUCACCAGGCGCUGGGCCAGGUGGCGCCAGGCCGCCGCCCUCUGCGGCGCCGUCCUCAUGUGCCUCAGCUUCGUCCUGUCCUCCUUCAGCACCGCCGUCUGGCACCUCAUCGCCACCCAGGCCGUCCUCGCCCCCCUCGGCUGCGCCCUCGUCUACAGCCCCACCACAUUGUCCCUGGGCGAGUGGUUCGGCACCGGCCGCCGUGCCUUUGCCUACGGCGUCGUCUUCUCGUGCAAGAACAUUGUCGGCUCCGCCUGCCCUUUUAUCCUGCGCGCCCUGCUCGACGCCUACGACUUCCGCACCGCCCUGCGCGUCUGGACCGCCAUCGUCGCCGCCACCAGCAUCCCCGCCAUCGCCCUCGUCCCUGCCCAUCCCUCCAGCCUUGCGAGGAGGUCCCGCAGGAUCCCCUGGCACUUCCUCCGCCACAGGACCAUCUACAUCUACGCCGCCGCCAUCACGCUCCAGAGCGCCGGCUACGGCAUCCCGCAGACCUACCUCAACACCUACGCCCACGACGUGGCCCGCCUAAGCCAGACCUCCGCCACCCUACUCCUCACCCUCUUCAACAUCCCCGGCAUCGUAGCCAGCUCCUUCUUCGGCUACCUCAGCGACCACAACACCACCAACAGGCGCCGCCGCCGCCUCCGCCUCGCCGCCCUGUCCACCCCGACCGUCGUCUCCAUCCCCGCCCUCGGCUCCGCCCUCGCCGCCUUCUUGUUCUGGGGCCUCACCUCCCAGGGCAGCAUGGCCCUCCUGGUCCUGUUCUCCAUCACCUUCGGCUUCUUCGCCGGCGGCUACAGCUCCACCUGGGGCGGCGUGCUGAACCAGAUGGAGCGCGAGGCCGCCGACCGCAACGAGGCCGUCGAUAUGGGUGUCAUCUACGGCCUGCUCAACGGCGCCAGGGGCGUCGGCUAUGUCAGCGGCGGGCUGGCCGGCAUCCCGCUGCUCAAGGCUGGCGCUGGCAGCAGCAGCAGCAGCAGCAGCAGCAGCAGCAGUCUGGGCAGCUUUGGCUAUGGGACCUCG